AUGCCAGGCUUCCUGUUCAGCAAGCAGCCGUGCGAAGGAAAAUACACCCACCUUAUCAGCAAGGAGGACACUGCGUUCUGGAGGCCUGGCCGCAGCGCAGCCCCGGUGCUGGCGGAGGGGCACGUGCGUAGACCCGAGGCCUCUGAAAUCUCAUCGGGCUUGCGCAUCACCUGGGCGCUCAAGACACAGACUCCAGUACCAACACCUGGACCGAGAGCCCGCGUGUCUCGCCAGCGCUCAGGUGAAGCUGCUGCGGCGGCGCACGGACCACACUUGGAGGAGCGGGGUGCAGGCCCAACUGACCUCGGAGGACAGUGCGGCGCAGAGGGGUUUCUCUUCACCUGGAUCUUAGUCUCAUUCGCCUGUCACCUGGCCUCCACCCAAGGAGCUCCUGAAGAUGUGGACGUCCUCCAGCGGCUGGGCCUCAGCUGGACCAAGGCAGCGGGCGGCCGGAGCCCCCCACCCCCAGGGGUCAUCCCAUUCCAGUCGGGCUUCAUCGUUACGCAGCGGGCCCGGCUCCAGGCCCCCACGACCGCCAUCAUCCCUGCCGCCCUGGGCACAGAGCUGGCGCUGGUGCUGAGCCUCUGCUCCCAUCGGGUGAACCAUGCCUUCCUCUUCGCCGUCCGCAGCCGGAAGCACAAGCUGCAGCUGGGCCUGCAGUUCCUCCCCGGCAAGACGGUCGUCCACCUGGGACCCCGGCGUUCCGUGGCCUUCGACCUGGACGUGCACGACGGGCGCUGGCACCACCUGGCCCUGGAGCUCCGUGGCCGCACGGUCACGCUGGUGACGGCCUGCGGGCAGCGCCGGGUGCCUGUCCCGCUGGCUUUCCACAGGGACCCCGCGCUGGACCCCGAGGGCUCCUUCCUCUUUGGGAGGAUGAGCCCGCACGCGGUCCAGUUCGAAGGCGCCCUGUGCCAGUUCAGUAUCUACCCUGUGACGCAGGUCGCUCACAAUUACUGCACCCACCUGAGGCGGCCGUGUGGACAGGCCGACAUGUACCGGCCCCAGCCGGGACCCCUCCUCCCCCGGGACUCGGGCGCACCCUUUGCCUUCCAGACUGACCUAGCCCUGCUCGGCCUGGGGAACCUGACCACUGCCAUGCCAGCCCUGGGCUCGCGGCCAGCAGGCAGGGGAUCCAGAGGGACGGUGGUGCCCCCCACACCUACCAAGCCCCUAAGGACUAGCACCACAGACCCUCACAGGCGUGUCUCAGUGGGAGGCCCAGCCCGGACCCCACUGCCACCUGCCAAGCUGUCAGCGAGCCAAGUGCUUCCUCCCGUGCCCCGAGCCUCUCCUGCCAGCCCCCCCACACCUGUCCAGUCCUUGCAGAAGAGCACAGCCACCAAAACCCCCAAGAGCCACCCAACCAAGCCUGCAGCCCCUUCUCCUCCCAUUGCCCCUGUCAAAAGCCCCCGCCCCGCCCAGAAGGCAGCUCUCCCUUCCUCCAGAAAGUCAGCCCCUCCCACCAAGAAGCCAGUGCCACCCACUCUCCCCCCAGUCCCUGCCCAAGUGUCCCGUCCCACAGGGAAGCCGGUCCAGAGGAACCCUGUGACGCCCCGACCCCCACCUGCCAGCGCCCGGCCCCUGCCCCCCGCUGCCGGUGCCUCUAAAAAGCCCUUCCUCCCCGUUGUCCAGACAGAGGCCAAGAUGAGCAGCCGUGCCAGUGAGCCAGCUCCCGCCCGCACCAGCACACACAGACCUCCCCAACCCACUGUUUUGCCCCCCUCACCUGCCCCCAGGCCUGGCUCUACCAGGACCACUCGGCCUCUAGCCACAGCGAUGCCUCCCACCCUCACUCCUGGUUCAGUCCCCACUGGAAGCAAGAAACCCACUGGAUCAGAAGCCACAAAGAAGGCCAGACCCAAGAAGCCCGUCCCCCUCAGACCCGGGAAGGCAGCCAGGGAUGUCCCCAUCAGUGAUCCGACCACGGGGCCCAGCCCCAGCCAGCCCCGGCCCGGCCGGCAGACCACCCCGGCCCCAGCGUUGGCCCCGGCGCGAUUCCUGUCCUCCAGCCCCUGGCCCACGAGCAGUGGCUAUUCGUUCUUUCAUCUGGUGGGACCCACGCCUUUCCCGCUGCUGAUGGGACCUCCGGGGCCGAAGGGAGACUGUGGUUUUCCGGGCCCCCCUGGGCUGCCUGGGCUCCCUGGACCCCCCGGUGCACGGGGACCUCGGGGUCCUCCUGGGCCUCACGGAAAUCCAGGCCUCCCCGGCCCUCCCGGAGCCAAAGGACAGAAAGGGGACCCGGGGCUCUCACCAGGAAAGGCCCACGAUGGGACCAAGGGCGACAUGGGCUUGCCCGGGCUCCCUGGGGACCCAGGACCGCUUGGACGAAAGGGAUACAAGGGCUACCCUGGACCUGCUGGGCACCCUGGAGAACAGGGGCGGCCGGGACCGGAGGGCAGCCCAGGGGCCAAAGGUUACCCUGGCAGGCAGGGGUUACCUGGACCUGUAGGAGACCCUGGUCCCAAAGGCAGCCGGGGCUACAUUGGACUCCCAGGGCUCUUCGGCCUGCCAGGGUCCGAUGGAGAGCGUGGCCUGCCUGGUGUUCCUGGCAAGAGGGGCAAGAUGGGUAGGCCGGGGUUUCCUGGAGACUUUGGGGAAAGAGGCCCACCCGGACUGGAUGGAAACCCCGGAGAGCUGGGCCUGCCAGGGCCCCCGGGAGUCCCCGGCCUCAUUGGUGACGUGGGAACGUUGGGUCCGAUUGGCUACCCAGGACCUAAAGGCAUGAAGGGGCUGAUGGGAAACGUGGGGGAGCCCGGACUGAAAGGUGAUAAGGGCGAACAAGGGGUUCCAGGUGUGUCAGGAGAUGCCGGAUUCCAAGGAGACAAGGGCAGCCAGGGAUUGCCGGGGUUCCCAGGUGCUCGAGGGAAGCCAGGGCCUCUGGGCAAGGUUGGAGAUAAAGGAUCCCUUGGGUUUCCUGGGCCCCCUGGGCCUGAGGGAUUCCCUGGAGACAUCGGCCCCCCUGGGGACAACGGCCCAGAAGGUGUGAAGGGGAAGCCCGGAGCUCGAGGCCUGCCGGGACCCCCUGGGCAGCUGGGGCCCGAGGGAGAUGAGGGACCCAUGGGGCCACCUGGCGCCCCUGGCUUGGAGGGUCAACCCGGCAGGAAAGGGUUUCCUGGGAGGCCCGGCCCUGAUGGCUUGAAGGGAGAGCCGGGCAACCCUGGACGGCCGGGGCCCGUGGGUGAGCAGGGGCUCCUGGGCUUUGUCGGUCUGGUCGGGGAGCCAGGAAUCGUGGGAGAAAAGGGUGACCGGGGCAUGAUGGGACCCCCAGGAGCACCUGGACCCAAGGGGUCAAUGGGUCAUCCUGGAACGCCCGGUGGUGUUGGGACCCCCGGAGAGCCUGGACCCCCGGGUCCUCCAGGAUCUCGAGGCCCACCGGGCAUGAGGGGAGCGAAGGGACGCCGGGGCCCCCGAGGACCAGAUGGACCAGCUGGGGAGCAGGGGUCCCGGGGUCUGAAGGGCCCCCCAGGACCGCAGGGCAGACUGGGCCAGCCUGGGCAGCAGGGUGCAGCCGGUGAGCGAGGGCACCUGGGCGCACGAGGCUUUCCUGGCAUCCCCGGCCCCUCGGGCCCACCUGGUACCAAGGGCCUCCCAGGAGAACCAGGCCCUCAGGGACCCCAAGGACCACUUGGCCCUCCAGGAGAGAUGGGACCCAAGGGGCCGCCGGGGGCAGUGGGAGAACCGGGCCUUCCUGGGGAAGCCGGGAUGAAGGGUGACCUUGGGCCUCUGGGCACCCCUGGGGAGCAAGGCCUCAUUGGGCAGCGGGGAGAGCCGGGCCUCGAAGGUGACAGUGGUCCUGCAGGGCCAGACGGGCUGAAGGGGGACAGGGGUGACGCAGGGCCUGACGGUGAGCGUGGCGAGAAGGGCCAGGAGGGACUGAUGGGCGAGGAUGGCCCCCCUGGCCCGCCUGGCAUCACUGGCGUCCGG